AUGGAGACCUCCAGCAGCGUGCCGAGCACCGCGCUCACGCAACUCCUGAACUUCACAGAGGAUCCCGUCAGCUUCUCAGAGAGUCCUUCCAUGGCGGGGUUACGCGCCACAGAAGAGCCGCUUUCACCCGUGCUCAGCAGCUUCAGGACUGAUGCGGCUCCAGCGGGGCUCCUGGCGGAAGAAGAAGAAAACAAAACGAGUCUUAGUAGACUUUUCACCCACCUCAUCUCCUUCCUCCUGGCUCUGGCCUUCUCCCUCAACGAUGUGGCCGCUAUGGCUGUGCUGCUGUGCGGCUGCUGCCCUGGAGGAAACCUCUCCAAUAUCAUGUCACUGCUGGUCAACGGGGAGAUGAACCUCAGCAUCAUCAUGACCAUCUCGUCCACUAUUCUGGCGCUCGUGCUCAUGCCGCUGUGUCUGUGGAUGUACAGUCGCGCGUGGAUCAACACACCUGUGGUGAACCUUCUGCCCUUCGGCGCGAUCAUUCUCACCCUCUGCAGCACCCUCAUUCCCAUCGGGCUCGGGGUCUGGCUUAGAUACCGCUAUACUCGAGUGGCAGAAAUCAUCAUCAAGGUGUCUCUGUGGUCUCUCCUGGUCACUCUGCUGAUGCUCUUCAUCAUGACUGGAACUAUGCUGGGUCCGGAGCUGCUGGCCACCAUCCCUGCCUCCGUCUACCUGGUGGCCGUACUCAUGCCCAUGGCCGGCUAUGCGGCAGGAUACGGCCUGGCGACGCUCUUCGAUCUCCCCCCCAACAGUCGGAGGACUGUGUCUUUAGAGACGGGCUGUCAGAACGUGCAGCUCUGCACGGCCAUCCUGAAGCUGGCGUUCCCUCCGCAGCUGAUGGGAGGCAUGUAUAUGUUUCCUCUGCUGUACGCGCUCUUCCAGGCAGCAGAGGCUGGCGUCUUCAUUCUGGCUUACCGCAUGUACAGGAAAGAGGUAUUACAUAAACAGGACCUCAUGGAGGAUGACGAGGAUGAUACAAACAUAUCCUACAAGAAAAUGAAGGAAGAAGACGUGCCGUUUGAUUCUACGUAUGGUGCGGUGACAGUGAGUGACCCCAACGUCAUCGUGUUGGAGUCACAGGAUGGUGCUGGAAGCCCCACACCUGUAUAAGGGAACAAAAACAAAAGACUUGAGACUCACUAUAGACACUGGACCUGAGUAUUUACAAUAGGAUUUAUUCAUGCCAUCACUCACUGUUGAAUUUCUUACUAAUCACUCACAGCAUUAUAACUAAUAUGUGCCAAAAAUGAUUGCAAGACUGUGAAAAUGGAAUCUAAUAUCAUGACACACUAAACGCACUAGCCAAAUAUUACCAUUCAAUGGAAUUUUUCUAAAAUUAGUAUAAAAUAUAUUUAAAACAUUAG